AAUACGAGUACUGUGAACAAUGAUUGUGAUGAUACGUACUCGAUCGUUCAUAAAACACUACAUAAUUUAAUAUUUGAACUAUACGUUACAUGACCAGCGAAAAUUACUCUAUUUUUUGAAAACUAAAUAAAUUAACCUGACUAUAUGCUCAAUAACUUUGGUUAAAUGCGUUCACGUAUGUAGAGGAAUUUCAAAUUUCUUCACAUAAUAAUUGUGUAACAUUUACGUUUUCAUUUAGCACAAAUUAUUAGACACAAGGUCAGAAUUAUUACAAAUCAUAUAUUUAACUUUCUAAAUUACAAAAACACAUAGCUAUUAAUGCGACGCAGUACCAGAACUAACGGAAUCCAAAGUCUAACAGUUCUAAUACAAAUAAAAUUCAACGAAGAAUACAGAUCGCGCAGCACUCACCGGCAGCAGUGGUACUUAUCUUUUAGACGCAACGGCUACAAUCGAAAUACAGGAUUAAAUAAUCAUGGCAGAUUCAGAUGAUGAGUAUGAUCGGAAAAGGAGGGACAAAUUCAGAGGAGAAAGGACAGAAUCUUACAGAGAAGGACGUGGAAGAGAAGAUAGAAGAAGAGCAGCCGCAGAUGAUUGGCCUGACAGUCCACCGCGACGAGAAUGGUCAUCGCGGCCACGAGCACGUCCGGAUUACCGAGACUACAGAGGAGGUAGUGCGAGAGAACGGUACAGUCCAGCACGUUCUCAAGAUAUGGCACCCCCGAUGAAAAGAAUGCGUGCCGAAUGGGACGAAAGGCCGCCACGUUCCGCCGGGCACGGUUACGAAUAUUACGGAAGAGAAACGGACGGUCCAUCACCGGGAAGUGGACGUGGAGCAUCUUGGACUCCUCACGAUCACUAUCCACCACCUCAUCAUAGCAACCAUCAUAAUUAUGGAAAUCACACGAAUAACAGUGGAAGCCGAGAAGUUGCUGGUAACUUCAGCAAUUCCAAUGUCGAAACCCAGCCUCCAAUGAUGACUUUCAAAGCUUUCCUAGUCACCCAAGAAGAUUCAAUCACUGAUGAGGAAGCUAUCAAGCGGUACAAUGAGUAUAAAUUGGAAUUCAGGAGGCAGCAACUUAAUGAAUUCUUUAUUGCACAUAAGGAUGAAGAAUGGUUCAAGAUCAAGUAUCAUCCAGAGGAAUCAGUAAAAAGAAAAGAUGAACAAUUUGCUGCUUUAAAGAAACGUGUGGAAGUGUUUAUGGAAUUAUUGGAGAAAAAAGAAACUGAUAUGGUAUCAGUAGACGCCGAUCAGUCUGAUCCGCUACUUCGUCUUCUCGACAUGGUUGUAAUCAAACUAGAAGGUGGCACAGCAGAUGAUCUAAGAAUUUUGGAUAUUAAGCCUCCACCACCUCCUGUCAAAGAAACUCCUGCCAAGGAAGUGAUUGUCAAGAAAGAGGAUGAAUCUAAAGAUGUUGUAAAGGUAAAGAUCGAAAAGCCCGAUAAAGAAGAAAAAACAAACGAAGAAAAACUUGAAGAAAAGAAAGAACAGCAAAAUGGCGAUGUGGAGAUGGAAAAUCUAGAAGAGAAAGAAGAGAAAAAAAAUGAAGAAUCCGAGGGAAAGAUGGAGGAAGAAAUGGCUAAACCAGUUGAAAAUGAAACCGAAGAAAAGAAAAUUGAGGAAGACGAAGAAGAAACCGCAGAGAAGAAAGAGGGAGAAGUUGCUAUCAAGAAACGUAAAAGAUCUGAUAGUAACAGCAGUAGUAGCUCGAGUAGUAGCAGCAGUUCUUCCGAUAGUAAUGAUAGCAAUAAAGCUGGCACGCCACCCGGAACACCUCCUGGAGUAGUAGAUAAAGAUGUAUCAAAAGAUGAUAAUGAAGAGUGCGGUGAAAAAGACAGCGAGAUCAAAGACAAUGAUGCAUCCACGGAAAAGACGCCGGAACCUGAAAAACCAGUUAAAAAGAAGCUUGAAACUGUAAUUGACUUAGCCAGUGAAGACAAAGAAAAGGAACCUCGCGCACUUCACAGGACUAGUAGUAUUUUUCUUAGGAACUUGGCACCUACAAUAACGAAAGCUGAAGUUGAAGCUAUGUGCAAGAGAUUUCCUGGAUUUUUGCGAGUUGCCAUCGCUGAUCCUCAGCCAGAAAGAAGGUGGUUCCGUAGAGGUUGGGUAUCGUUUGAACGCCAAGUUAAUAUUAAAGAAAUAUGUUGGAGUCUAAACAAUAUUAGAUUAAGAGAUUGUGAAUUAGGAGCAAUCGUGAAUCGCGAUCUUUCACGACGUAUCCGCGUAGUAAAUGGUGUGACUUGUCAUAAGCAAGUCGUAAGGAAUGAUAUAAAGUUGAGUGCAAAGAUUGUACAUAACCUUGAUCAACGCUUAAAUUUGUGGGUAGAUGACAAGAAGGACAGCUUGAAGACAGACGACUGUAAGAAGGAACAGUCUGCCAGUGAAAUGGAACAAGCAGCAUUUGGAUUAUCGUCGAAAAAUCCAGUCUUAGAAAACAUAACAGACUAUUUGAUCGAAGAAGCUUCCGCGGAGGAAGAGGAACUGCUUGGUACAUCAGGUGACCACGAAGAAGGUCAAUUACCUGGGGAAGGUGAAGAGAAAAUUGAGCGAGAUCCAGCUUUAUUGAGAGUCCUCGACAAGUUAAUUCUGUAUCUUAGAAUAGUGCACUCAGUUGAUUACUACAAUCACUGUGAGUAUCCUAACGAAGACGAGAUGCCCAAUCGGUGUGGAAUCAUGCACGUCAGAGGUGCACCACCUGCUCAAAAAGUUUCUAGCAAUGAAAUCCAGGAGUACUGUAAAAGCUUUGAGAGCAAAAUGACUGCGUUUCUCGCUCCCGUGGCUACAGUUAAUCCAUCGGACUAUGAGAAAUUGGGCUGUAAGAAUCCAGAAACUGAGGUCGAAAAGUUUGUGCAGGCAAAUUCACAAGAAAUUUCAAAAGAUAAAUGGUUAUGUCCUCUGAGUGGUAAAAAGUUUAAAGGACCAGAUUUCAUCCGCAAACAUAUUUUCAACAAGCACGCAGAGAAAGUAGCCGAAGUGAAAGCUGAGGCAGAGUAUUUCAACAACUACUUGAAGGACCCUAAGAGACCACAACUUCCUGAACAUCCUGGUAACAAAGCACCAGCAAAUACUACUUCAAGAGAGGGUUACACGCCGUAUAAUUCUGGAGGCCCUCGACCUCCUGGUAGAUUUGGAGGCAAUUAUGGCGCUAAUUUCAGUAACCGCGGUGGUUUUGGAGGUUCUUAUAGUGGAUUCACUGGAGGCUUUGGAGUUCCAAGACCAAAUCGAGGAGGAUUUAACAGAGGACGGGCUGCUCCGGAUUCGACGUCGAGACCAAUAAUUAGUUAUAAUGACCUGGACCAGCUGGAUAUUGAUUUGUUUUAAAAUAAAUAUUUGACGGUUGAGAAUAUUUAUCGGUGCCAGCAGAUUAAUAAAUCUAGAUUACAUAAUACGCGAAGUUCGCUUAGAUAAAAAAGUAUUGCUGUAUGUAUUAAUAAUGCAACAUCACAGUGUUACAAAAUCAACACUCUUUACAUUCAAAAUAAUGUUUUAAUAAGUAGAAUCUAGAUCUACAAAAAAAUAAAUUUUUAAGCUUUUGUAAAAAUGCCACAAUAUGUUGUAAAAUGAUUUUUAGACAAUUUUUCUUUACUCGAUAAGAAUUGCAUUAGAUUUAUUUUUAUAAAGAACAGCAGAAAUUGUAAAUAGAGUAUCAUUCAGUUAUUAAGUUAAGAAAUAAAUUUAUUUUGUCGAAA